CAUGAUGUUCCCAUUUAACAGACAGGAAAACUGGGGCAGGGAGAAGAGAAACUGGAACUCCCAGUUUCCUUCCCCUUGCACCCAGAAACAGGUUCUCUGAGCCCCUCUCCCCAUCCCAUGGAGAGUGGGGAUGGGUCUUAUGCACCCAGACUGUGUCCCUCCAGGGAGAAUGCCCUCCUGGACCAGAGGUUCUUCAAUGGCAUUGGCAACUAUCUGCGGGCAGAGAUCCUGUACCGGCUGAAGAUCCCUCCCUUUGAGAAGGCCCGCUCGGUCCUGGAGACCCUGCAGCAGCGCAGGCCGAGCCUGAAGCUGACCCUCAGCCAGAAGAUCAAGGCCAAGCUGCAGAAUCCAGACCUCCUGGAGCUAUGCCACUUAGUGCCCAAGGAAGUGGUCCAGUUGGGUGAGGCCAAAGAUGGCGGUGACCUCUGCUUCAGCAAAUGAUUGUGUAACCCUGGGGCACUUGUCCCUCUCUGGGCCUAAUUCAUUCAUUUGGAAGUUUGUAGCCCUAGUUAUUCAAUGGACUAGGCCUCCUGACUUGUCAAUAGUGUUUCCAGGCCGGACGCAGUGGCU